AUGGCUCUAUCAAAGUCCACGGUAUCUACGACCUCGCAUGAGCCAGAAGCACACAUUCCGGAGCCUGCACUCGAAUGGGACACCCUUGAUUUGACAGUUGAAGGCGUGUCCAUAGAACUGGCAACUGUCACUCGAUUUGGGCCUCUCAGUCCCAUCCUGUUUCUGCAUGGGUUUGGCGGCACUAAAGAAGACUACAUCGACAUUGCCCUGAACCCAACUUUUGCUGGACGCUCAUUCAUACUAUACGACUCACCUGGAAGCGGCGCAUCAACCUGCAGUGAUUUUUCUAAAGUCUCGAUUCCUUUCCUUGUUUCUUUAGCGCAAGCAGUGCUCAAUCAUUUCAAAAUUCGUCGCUAUCAUCUGGUCGGCCACUCCAUGGGCGGCUUGACGGGUCUGCUUUUAGCCGAGGGAAACAGUGCGGUUCUGAGCUUCGUCAACAUAAAGGGAAACUUGGCUCCAGAAGACUGUUUCCUGAGUCGCCAGAUUGUCGAUUACCCGGACAGUGACCCCGAGAAAUUCAUGGAGCAGUUUAUUCUGCGGACAAAGCUCUCCUCUUACUACUCGGCUGCCCUAUAUGCGACGAGCCUCCGAUAUAAGGUGCAACCAAGCGUCGUGAAACCGACGUUCGCAUCCAUGGUGGAGAUCUCAGACAGCAAGCCUCUCCUGUCAAUAUUCGAGUCACUUCCCAUACCAAAAAUGUACAUGUUUGGAGAACAGUACAAAUCGUUAACGUACCUCCCACGUUUGGCUGAUGCUGGAAUAGAGCUUGCAAUGAUUCCGAGCAGUGGGCAUUUUGUCAUGUAUUCUAAUCCUGUUGCUAUGUGGGAGAGGAUUGCAGCAUCGGUUGGUAGAGCGGGAGAAUGA